UUACCCGGUGUAUAGUAGUGCGCUGCCAGCUCCGUGACUGGCUGUUCCCAAGAUGGCGGCCUGCGGACGUGUCCGGCUUUGGUGUUGCUUGUAUGCGUACGUGGGUCUAGUUAUGUUUGGCUGUACGAUUGCCGGCGAUAUCCCUGUGCAGCCUGGACCCCCGGAGGUAGUUGGUGCUCCCGUAGUACAGGCUGGGGCCUCCCUCUCCCGACGUUUGCCAAGCUGGAAGCUAGCUGAGGAGGAGGCCUGCAGAGAAGACGUGAGUCGUAUCUGUCCUAAACAUACUUGGAACAACAACCUGGCCGUACUGGAGUGUCUACAGGAUGUGCGAGAGGCGGACAAUGAAAUCUCUUCGGACUGUAAUCAUCUGCUUUGGAACUAUAAAUUUAAUCUGACAAAGGAUCUAAAGUUUGAGUCAGUAGCGAAGGAAAUCUGCAAGUCUACGCUGACUGUGCUGAAGGAAUGUGCAGAUGAAGUUCCCGGUAAGGGAUAUGUGGUUUCUUGUCUGGUAGAGCAUCGUGGAAAUAUCACAGAGUAUCAGUGCCUACAAUACAUAACAAAGAUGGCUGCCAUUAUCUAUAGUGACUUUCGUCUGAUUUGUGGCUUUAUGGAAGAUUGUAAGAGUGAAAUAAACAUGCUGAAAUGUGGCAGCAUCAGGCCCGGCGAGAAGGACCCUCACUCUCAGGGGGAAGUUGUUGCUUGUCUAGAGAAGGGGAUUGUUAAAGAAGCAGAAGAAUCGGACUCUCAGUCACGCUUUUCAGAUAAAUGCAAGCAGUCCAUAUUGCGUGUAGCAGAACUGUCCUCAGAUGAUUUCCACCUAGACAGGCACCUCUACUUUGCUUGUCGAGAUGACAGGGAGCGCUUCUGUGAGACUCUUUCACGAGAAUGUCGUGCUGAAGUACAACGCAUCUUGCAUCAGCGGGCAUUGGAUGUGAAACUAGAUCCUGCAAUGCAGGCCAAGUGCAUGUCUGACUUGGGAAAAUGGUGCAGUGAAAAGACAGACCCUGGUCAGGAGAUGGAAUGUUUACAGGACCACUUGGAAGACCUUGUUGUUGAAUGCAGAGAAAUUGUGGGCAAUUUCACAGAACUUGAGUCUGAGGACAUCCAAAUUGAAGCGCUUAUGAUGAGAGCUUGUGACCCAGUUAUCCAGGGAUACUGCCAUGAGGUGGCUGAUAACCAAAUAGAUUCUGGGGACCUCAUGGAAUGUCUAAUCCAGAACAAACAUCAGAAAGAGAUGAAUGAGAAGUGUGUGGUUGGAGUAACACACUUCCAGUUGGUCCAGAUGAAAGAUUUCCGUUUCUCAUAUAAGUUCAAGAUGGCAUGCAAGGAGGAUGUACUAAAACUGUGUCCCAAUAUCAAGAGAAAAGUUGAUGUGGUCAUAUGUCUUAGCACCGCAGUGCGCAAUGAUACUCUGCAGGAGGUGAAGGAACAGCGUGUUUCAUUAAAGUGUCGAAAACAGCUGAGGGUUGAAGAACUGGAAAUGGCGAGUCUAAGUAGAUUAAUAGACAAAAAUGGAAUUAGAACAGAGGACAUUCGCUUAGAACCGGAGUUGUAUACAGUCUGUAAGGAAGACAUAAAGACCAUCUGUCCUAGUAUACCUUAUGGGAAUGCUCAGCGUUUAUCUCCUGACUGUGAGGACCAGAUUAGAGUGAUAAUACAGGAAACCGCCUUAGAUUAUCGACUUGACCCCCAGCUUCAGAUACACUGCGCUGAAGAGAUAAACUCUAUUUGUGGAGAGGAGGCUGCAGCACAGGAACCAACAGGGCAGGUGGAGGAAUGUCUAAAAAUGAACCUGCUUAAAAUUAAAAACGCUGAAUGCAAGAAAGAAGUCCUGAACAUGUUGAAGGAGAGCAAAGCAGAUAUAUUUGUGGACCCUGUAUUGCACACAGCAUGUGCCUUGGAUAUAAAACAUCACUGUGCAGCCAUUCCUCCGGGCAAGGGACGUCAGAUGUCCUGUUUGAUAGAAGCUUUGCAAGAUAAGAUGGUACGUCUACAGCCUGAAUGCAAGAAACGGCUACAAGAUCGACUGGAUAUGUGGAGUUAUGCAGCCAAAGUAGCACCAGCUGAGGGAUUUUCUGACCUAGCCAUGCAAGUCAUGACAUCUCCGUCCAAAAACUACAUAUUGUCUGUCAUCAUGGUUGGAGUGUGUGUGCUGUUCCUUGGAGGUUUGCUUUGUGGGCGCAUAACAAAGAAAGUGAAACGUGAAAUGAAAGACAGCUACAAGAGAUUGCUCAUUUAAGAUCUCCACUCAAGACUACAAAAAUUUCAAUGAAAAUAUUUUUAUCAUCUCCUGGCACACUAUCUGAAGCCUUCCUUUGACCUUCUGACAUUCCCUGUCACAACAAUUGUUUUUUCUUGAACUUAAGUAACAAUAUUGUAAGAGAGCUCAGACUGUGUGUAUGUAUCUGUGUUCUCCCUGGUCCUUUUUACUGGGUGCACCACCCAGCUAAAAUGUUAGCCAAAAUAAUCUAAAAUUAGCUAAUAACAUUGUUUUAAUAUUUAUUGCUCCAAUUAUAAUUAAAAAAAAUUAUGCAAUUUGUGCUUUGGAUAGCAGAAUUUUUUAUAAUAUUAGAAAGUAUUAAAUUUCCCCCACCCCUGUUUAAAAAAAAAAAUAAACUCCAGCCAUACAGUCAUACACUGGAGCAUAACCCUCUCCCAGACAAGGGGGUUAAAGGAUGUCAAAAGAAAUAUCCAUUGAAUUGUCUUUUGUUUUUUUUUUCUUUACUUUUUAAGGAAUAAAUAUAUAUAUUUUUUUUUUUGUAAAUUGUUCUUUCCUCUGUGUAUAGAAUCAAUAAUUAUUUCUCCUGUUCAUGCAGUGUCAUAUUGAGAUGUUACUGACGUUCCAAACAUUAUGUGCAUUUUUUUUUCUGUACAGAUAAAAUGGAAAGAUUUAAUAAAAAACAAAAGUUCUACAAA